UGUCCAGAGCGCCAGGCAUUCGAGCGAGCGCGGGAAGUCAUGGAGGGCAGCAGUUGUGACGGGGUCGGCGUUACUGCCUUGGAUAUACUCUCUCCCUCGACUCUAAAGCUAUACGAGGCACAGUUUUUUGGCUUCACGCCGCAGACAUGCAUGUUUCGAAUAUACAGUGCCUUUCAAGAUUGCCUAUGCGGGAUCUUACUUGUUGUGGAGAAGGUGUGCGUAAGAAAGCUGAAAAAACGUGAUAAAACGCAGGACGAGGACCUGCUACAAUCGAAGGCCCGGGAGUGCAGCCAAGAGCUGUACGGGUUUCUGGAACAACGCUUUCAGAGUUUUUCCAAGCGUAUGGACGCACUUUUGGUUGACAAAUGCUUCUCCAUACCACCAAACGUUCUCCUUCCUGGUGACAAGCCACACCGAAAGUCCCCUAGAGAUGUUACGGAUUUGAUGCGGGUGGAGUCCUCACUCGCCGCUCUGCAGAGCGCCCACCAGGCGGAGCUGUGUGCCCGACAGGAGCUGCUCGCUGAGCUGGAGGAGCAGAGGGAGGUGCGAGAACAGCUGGAUGGGAUCUUGAGGUGGGUCGGAGAGCUUCAGACAGCGUGGCUGAAGGAGGGGCUUGGCAGCUUCAACGAAAACUUCCCCCAGGUGAUGGAGUCCGUGAAGAAGUUGCAAGUCAACGUAGCAGAGAUAUGCGACAAGAGGCCUAAAGAACCAGAUUCUUAGAAGUCAGUGGUUCGUGGAGGAUGAAGUUGCUUCUUUUUUUUUUUUUUAAUGUAAUUUGGUAACUUCCUUUGUCCUAUAAACUAGGAAGAUAAAUAUUUUGACCCGCACAUUCCUUUCCUCUCACAUCCUCUUCAGAUAAAAAAGUGUACGUUUUUUUAAAUGACUGUUCUGCAUUUAAGUUUCUCAUAGGCUUGUUAUUUAUUUACUUACUUCAUAAUUGAUACUUUUAUGAUUGUAAAGAUGCUUAAUCUAGAAGAAAAUGUUUAUUUAAAACUUUGUGGACAAAUAAAACAUUCAACAAUGUAAUGACA